AUGCCCGUCCCCGUCGCCUCCGUCAAAGACCAGCUCCCCGCCGCCGCGCCCAAGUCGUGGCCCAAGCCCAUGUCCGCCGAGGGAUACUCGCCGUCCAACCCCGGCGCAUUCCACGUGGUUUUCGCCCCCAGCGCCGACGGCAGCGAGAGCUUCAGCUCCAAGCUCGUCGCUGAUCGCGCCUUCGCGCCCGGAGAGCGCCUCGCCCUCCUCGACAACAAGUCGCUUGCCCCCGUCAAGGCCUACUCGUCUGUGCAGUUCGGCAACGGGCCGCACGACCACCUCGAGCUCAACUCGGACCUGCUCUUCAUGAACCACUCGUGCGACCCAUCCGCCGAGAUGUACCUCUACGCCGGCGCGCCGGAGCGGUGGGAGGUGCUCGCGGGCCCCCGCGGCCUCGCCGAGGGCCAGGACAUCACCUUCUUCUACCCCUCGACCGAGUGGGAUAUGGCGCAGGGCUUUGACUGCAGCUGCGGUGCCAAGGUGAGUACACAGCAACACACCUGCCUUGGGCGCGUGUACGGCGCGGCGCACCUGACGCUCGAGGAGCUCGAGGCGCGCGGGCUGGUGAACGAGCACAUCCGCGCCGCCAAGGCCGAGCAGGCGGCCGCUGCGCGCGCCAAGGGCGCCGCGAACGCCGUCAAGACGAACGGUGUCGCGAACGGCGUGGCCAACGGCGUGCACUAG